ACUUCACUGCGAAUUCCCUAUUGAGGUUAAGCGCCAUAUUGGUUGUCUCCUCCAUCUCACCAAUCGUCGAGCAUGCACGUCUUAUACCGGUUAAAGAGAAGAUAUCUGUAAAUAUUUACAGCACAUUGAGAGCCGCAACACAACGCCAUGGAGGCCGUCAAAGCCUUCAACAACGAGCUGUGCUCGUUGACUGAGUACAAGCCGCCCAUCUCCAAGGCCAAGAUGACUCAAAUCACCAAGUCUGGGAUCAAGGCUAUAAAAUUCUACAAGCAUGUUGUCCAAAGUGUGGAGAAGUUUAUUCAAAAAUGCAAGCCAGAAUACAAGGUUCCUGGGCUGUAUGUUAUCGACUCCAUAGUCAGACAGUCACGCCACCAAUUUGGCACAGAGAAGGAUGUUUUUGCACCUCGCUUCAGCAAAAACAUCAUUGCAACCUUCCAGUACCUCUACCGCUGCCCACCAGAUGAUAAGAGUAAAAUUGUGCGAGUCCUGAACCUGUGGCAGAAGAACGCCGUCUUCAAGAGUGACAUCAUUCAGCCUCUAUUGGACAUGGCUGCUGGGAUUCCUCCUCCCAGCUCUACACCCGUUCUGCCCAGCACUGCCGCUCCAAUCAAUAACACUACACCUGGCACUCCAGCUACACCUGCUACUCCAGCAAACAUUGUCCAGGGUCUGCCUGACUGGGCUUCCCAGAUAACAAACACAGAUACAGUUGCUGCUGUCGCACAAAUCUUACAGAGUCCUCAGGGACAGCAGCUACAGCAGCUGGUACAGAGUCUGCAGAUGCAGCAGCAGAAGCCCCAGCCGUCCCUGCUGCAGGCUUUGGAUGCUGGCCUGGUGGUGCAGUUGCAAGCUUUGACGGCUCAACUUACCGCUGCAGCCACUGCCAACAGCCUCAACCCUCUCGAACAAAGGGUCUCUUCUUUUAAUAAGAAACUUCUGGGUCCUUUCGAGUUUGGAAAUGAUUCAGAACGCAGCGAAGAACCAAAGAAGGAAUCUUCAACAUCUCAGUUGCCCAUGGUGUCAGAACCCAUUAACAGCUCACUCUUCCAUCAACUGGCUGAGCAGCUGCAGCAGCAAAACCUGGAACAGUUUCAGAAGCAGCUGCUGGAGCAUCAGCAGAAGGCAAUGAGCAUCGAGAGCCAGGAUUCAAUGUUUGGACAAGAAAACUCAGUUACAGCUGCUCAAAACUGCAGCCAGCCACAGCUCCCUGAGCCGGAGAACAAGAUAGAUGACUCUAUAGACAACCAGCAGCAGGAUAUGGAUUUGGACGAGGGCCCUGAUGGAAUGGAGGAGGAAAUAUUUGAAGCGGAAGAGAAGAAGAUGUUGAGCCCUCGGUCUAGGACACGUUCCAGGUCACGUUCAAGAUCGCCCAAACGAAGAAGGUCCAGGUCUCGCUCCGGCUCACGAAAACGUAAGCAUCGCAAGCGUUCACGAUCUCGCUCCAGAGAUCGCAAGAGGAAGACGUCACGGUCGUAUUCAAGUGAAAGGCGUGCCCGAGAACAUGAAAAAGAGCGGCAGAAGAAGGGAUUACCUCCAAUACGAUCCAGGACUCUAAGUGUCUGCAGCACAACUCUGUGGGUCGGCCAGGUGGACAAAAAGGCCACUCAGCAAGACCUCACCAAUCUGUUUGAAGAGUUUGGUCAGAUUGAGUCCAUUAAUAUGAUCCCUCCCAGAGGUUGCGCCUACAUCUGUAUGGUCCACAGACAGGAUGCUUACCGUGCCCUCCAGAAGCUUAGUACAGGCUCUUUUAAGAUUGGAUCCAAGAUCAUCAAGAUCGCAUGGGCUCUGAACAAAGGCGUAAAGCAGGAGUACAAACAGUUUUGGGAUGCAGACCUGGGCGUCACCUACAUACCCUGGGAGAAGGUCAAGGUAGAUGACCUGGACGACUUUGCUGAAGGGGGAAUCAUCGACCAGGAAACUGUCAAUGAUGAGUGGGAAACGGCCAAGAUCCCUGAACCACCCAAGGAAGCUGUGAGUCAGCCAACAAGCGCUGAAACGACAGUGGUGUCCAACACACAGACUGAGUCCUACAGCCAGCAGGUUACCAUGAUGCCUGUUCAGCUACCGGUGGCCCAGGCCGUUCCCAGUGCAGUGAGUUUGGUGCCUCCCACCUUUCCAGUUUCGAUGAGCAUACCUCCACCGGGCUACGGGCCGCCACCUCCGUUCAUAAGGCCCAGCUUCAACGCCUCACAGCCUCCACCAGGCUUUAUGCAGGCCCCACACACGGCAGGAAUGGCCUCAGCAACUACAUCUUUAUUGCCGCCGACGAUGGCCUCCAACCAAGACAUCGUCAAAGAGACACCAUUUGGCUCAAUGAUUCCUCCAACCAGUACCAUCCCUGGCGGCUUCAUGCCCCCAACCAUUCCUCGACCUGGUGUUUUUCCUCCAGUGGGAGUUCAAACUCAGCCCACUAACAAUGAGAAAAUGUCACAGUCUGCAGAUGGCAUGGAAGCUGCAGCAGAGCUCACACUGCAAGGCAUGCAGAAGGCAAUCCGUAGUGGAAUAGGUCUGCUUGGCAUGCACCCCACAGCUUCCCUCCCCCACCCGCUGCACCAGUCCGGGUUGAAUCAGAGAAUGCCCGGGCUGCUGCCCCUGGAUGUGAGGCCUAACCUCCUUCAACCUGGAGUUGCUGCCCGCUUCCCACUCCUCAUGCAGCAGGGUCCUCCACAGCAACCUUCUGGCCUCCUUGAUGGUUCCCUUCAGGCUCAGGCUCGCCCCAGGGCCCCCUUUCCUCAGAUGGAUCCCUUUAACAGGCCCCCCAUCCUCACCAGUGAAAAUGUACCCAAAACACAAGAUGAAUCCUCCUCUGGGGCUGAUGAGGGCAAAGACCAAGACUACCGCUUCCCACCUAUAGAAAAUCAGAGCAAAGGCCUUUUGAGGACCCCUCCACCAGAACACAGGGAGCAUCUUGGAGGUGCUGGGGGGCCAGGAGGAGGAGGUAGACCUCCUUUGCUUCAAACCCCAGGAACUCAGCCAGUUAAAUCCAGCUUAGUGGGACGUUUGCAGGCUCUAGCAGGCUUCACUCCUGAUAAUCGCUGGAAUCAAAACAAAGGGGACUUUGAUGAAAGAGAUGGGAUGCGAGGAGGACCACCAGCACCUAGUGGUCCAAAAGGCUUUCAGGAUGAUCGCCCCUCACCUGGGCCCAACUUCUCUAAUCGCUUUGACAACCGUCCUGGAGCAGCAGGUGUAAAUGCUGGUCCAGUUGGGGGCCCACAGCCUUGGAACCGUGGAGGUAACGCCGGAGCUCCUUUCAACAGUGAGCUUCACAAAGACUUGGACGACCGAAGACGUUCCUGGGAGAGACAAAGAGACAGAGAUGAAAGAGAUGUUGACUUCAGAAGAGACAUGAAUGGUAACCGUCACAACCGUGAGAGGGAGCGGGAUCGAGGCCGAGAACGCACCAGAGAGCACGAGCGCGAUCGAGACGGUGAUAAAGAGAAGGAGCGUGAGCGUGGAGGCUGGACGCCUCUUCUCCCUCUACCUACUCCACUUCUCCCCACACCUCCUCUCAAUCCCAACCUGACGCCGAAACAAGGCAAGCUUCUUGCUCCUCUUAAACUAGGCCCCCAGGUUCAGCCACGGUUCCAGUUCCCUCUUUUGCCACCAGGUCAAGUCAGACCUCCUAUCUUAGGUCUGAAUCAGCCUCCUCCUCAGGCUCACAUUAGAUCUCCUCCUCCCUCACAGAGCCAAGCUCCUGCUUCUGAGCCUCAGAAAGAAAUUCCAGUUCCUGUUGAGACACCUGAGGCACAGCCCCCCUCAGCUGGUUCACCCCACCCAUCGUCUGACAGCAAAGUUCAGAGCACAUUACCUGAGCCUCUCACUCAAUCUAAACCUUCACAACCAGAAAGCCCAGCUCAAAUGGAAUUGCCUCCUCAGAUCACAACUCCACUGGACACUAAGACCCCAACCACCUCACCUUUGGCCUUCUCACAAGCAGAGAGUCCCCCUGAAGAACCAGCUCCCCCAGUGGAAACUCAGGAGCAGCCACAGAAGGAAGAGGAGGUGUCUCAAGAGAGAGCCUCCUCUCCAAAACCCCAGUGGGUCACUGGACCUGAGAAGGACCCUGUCCAUGUGGCUGAGCCCACACCAGACCCUGACCAAGAGCCUCUGCUCUCUGGAGGUGAAACGCCACCGCAGCAGGAGCACGCCACAUCUCCUAAGGACCUAGACAAUAAACAGAACGAGUCCACAGAGGAAGCUCCGAGUCAGCCAGUGGUAGACACUGUCACAGACACUGAGGGGACAUAAUCAUCACUCAGUAGGUAAAAGAUCAUUUUGUAAAGUUGUCUCUUCUUCUCUGUACUCAUGUCAGCAAACCACCACCACAACACGGGACAUGACGAACAUUGACUCACACCAGUUGUUGUCUGAUAACCAACAACAAAUGAUUUUAUCUCUUACCAGUGUACUUAAAUAGAAGGCUUUGUGGAUAGAAGCUUUUGUUUGUAUUUUAUUUCCUUUUUCCUUUUUUAAGUUGUAAAACCACACCACCCAUUUUAAUUGAUAUGAGCUCGGGGAAUUUUAUUGAUUUUUCUGCCAAAAUGUUUCAAUUGUAUAUGGGGGAAAUUUAGCUUUGACCUUCCUAUGGAAGAAAGUGACAAAUCCCAGCCAUUCGACUCCAACUGCGGUUUAACAGAAUGUGAUCCUUAAAGAGCAACUGCUCGCCCAUUUUCUGUCUUCUCUUUUUUUUAAAUUACACCACAAAGUUUUGCAACACGUUCUUUUAUGGUGUUCUACAUUAAUUUCUGUUUCUGAGCAGAUCCAGUGGCAUACAUUCAUUCAGACCAGAACAGCUGCUUUUAAUUGGGAAAAUAAAAUUGCAAUCAGUUAAAAAAUAAAAAAGACAGAAGUGCAAACUGUUUGACUUCUAGGUUUGAGAAAAGGUCUGUAACAAAAAUAGGAAAUUACAUCCUAGUGGAGAGGCGAGAAUACAAACAGGACGAUCUGAUUUUGGAUACAUGUUGUUUUAGUUUGAAAUAAACUUGCUCUGUCUGUUCACAACAUUUGCUUUAGAACUGUUUUCUGACCCAGGACCAGUGGAAAGAAUUAAGACUGCUUUACUUUUCAGACCCAUAAUAUACUGUGUGCUGUCACUUCUGUUGAUUCGAUGAUCUCAAGUUGCUGCUAUACCAUCCAUCCACAGAGCAAUUUGUUGGAUGCAACCGCGGGACUUGUAGUUAAUAGCCUGUAUGUUGGCCUACGCUUUUGCUGGGUGACUGGUGAUGAUGGCACUGUGCCUUUUUGAACGGAUUUUGUCGUUGACGAUGCUACCCAACACCCGGUUUCAGAGGGCUCUCUGAAAAGAUCGCUGCCUGCACAAAACUAACUUACCUACUGAUUUAAUGAUAGCCGCACAGUUUGUACAGCACUCACCUAGAGGAGAACAUGCCCUCCAUCGUACUGUGCAUGCAGGUCUGUAGCCAUGUUUUAACCUUCCUGUCUCUCUUCUUCAUUUCAUACUAGUAGUGGUUUUCUGUUGAGACGUUCUAUCAGAAAUCUAUAGUCUGCUGUUCUCAGACCAAAAUGUCUACUACAGGAGUUGUGAUGUUGAAUAAAAAGUUGAAGGUG